UUUUAACAAAGUUGCUAUCAUUUGCUUUGUUAAGCUCAGCAUUAGCCAAUGCUGAAACUAUUAAUAUUCAUGGAAAGCCAGUUGUGCUUGAUCGCCGAGAUGCUGUUGCUACUCCCACAGGCACAUCAACAAUUUUCCAAGCCAAGACAUCACCAACAGCCACCCAAUAUGGUGAAAUUGUUAAUUUUCCAAUUUCAUCAGAGAAAAAUCCCAUGGCUACUGAAGGUGUUACUCAAGCUAUUGCAUUAGCGAAUUCUAUCCAAACUCAAACUUUAAGUCAGGCCGUUGUUGUCUCCCAGAGUUUUGAAAACACUGCCCUGGUAUUUUUCUCGAUAUCCACUGCUUCUGCAUUGGUUGACUUCCCAGAACAACCUACAAGUGUUGAUUCAAGUUCUGCUUCUACUUCUGGAACUUCUGCAGCAAGUUCUGGUUCGUAUCAAGCAUCGUCUUCUACAAGUUCACUGUUGGAAUCAGCAGCAAGCUCCUCACCUUCCGAUCAAACAGGAUUAGUAAAGCGUGCCACUAGUUCAUCCCUUGUUAAGGUUGCCAUCUCCAAUGCAAAUGGAUUCACUGGAGAUUUAUUCUUACCUAUUUCAACAAAUGAUGUUACUUCAGUAUUUAAGAAAACUCCAUUACCUUUAUCCAUUCCAUCCGGUGUAUCGAACGGAAACACCAAGUACCAAACUAACAAAUUCUACGCUAACUUAUUACUCGGGGAUCAAACUUCCAUGAUUUGGUCAUAUCCUUAUGGUCUUAACUAUAUCAAAUCAACAUAUUACGGGUUUGGAGUACAAAGAACAUUAGCUGCUUCGAGAGUGUUUGGAACAACCAACACCAAUAACCCAAAUAUUCCUUCAUAUUUUUUUAAUCCUAUCAAAAUUGAAGAAAUGAUAGUCUCAGCGACGGCAUUCACUUCUGCUUCUAAAACCAAAAUUAGUGUGUCUAAUAUGAAGGUUAAUUCUGUCGAUGUUAAGUUGUCUACUGACGGUAAGGCUCAGACCAACUAUGUCUAUAUUCCUGUUGUUCAAGGUAUGGGAUUCAUUACAUCUGUUUACUACGGCAAUUUAGUUCCUAGAAUUAACUCCAACGUCGGAUUCAAGACAUUAGCUCAAGAACAAUCAACCAAAUUAACCAACGCCAAUCUUUUGAGAUAUAGAGCUACUUUAUUCAAUGGAGUUCAAUACUUGAUAUAUGUUAAAUUACCAUCAGGUAAGAAAACCACAGAUUUCUCAUUUAAAGUGACAAACCAAAAUACCAUCACUGGAUCCAAGGCCAUCAACGGAUUAAUUGUUCAAUAUGCUAUUGCUGCUACUGCUGCUCAUAACACUUACUAUGACGAGGCUGCCGGGAUGUAUGUCACAGAAUGUAAAGUUAAAGCACAUGGGUAUGGGGGUACCUCUGCAGAAUAUGUGUUAGCAUACAGCAAACUGGGUUCAUCAAUUUCUAAAAUGCCUAUGGUUUUUGCAUUGCCACACAUUGUUGAAUCUGUUGAUUCAAACACUGCCCAAUACAAUACAGGAAUCUCAUUAACUUCAACAAACAAAGGUGAAAUGAAGGGGUUUAGAACCGACACCCUUCGUAUGGUUGAAAACUUGAAUACUAAUAUCCAAUUCCUUCCCUGGGUUCAAGAAAUGGGCACCAAAGCACCAUCAUGGACCGCAGCCCAAUUGAAGUUGAUUUCUCAAGUUGCAAACAAAGAAUUAUCGGUUGAUAUUAACAAGUUAGUCAAUUCCCAAAACUCCAACUACUUUUCAGGAAAGGUAUUGGACAAGUACGCAUAUAUCUUGUAUGUUGUGAGUGAUAUAAUUGGAGAUGCCAAAUUAACCAAAUCCUUGUUAGCCACAUUAAAGACAACAUUUGCCACAUUCCGUAAUAACAAACAAUUUUACCCAUUAAUGUAUGAUACUAAAUUUGGUGGGAUUACUUCAACUGCAUAUAAAGUUAGCAAUGACCCUAACGCAGAUUAUGGAUCCAGUUAUUAUAAUGAUCAUCAUUUUCACUAUGGGUAUUUCAUUCAUGCAGCAGCCAUCAUUGGAUAUGUUGACAAGAAAGCGGGUGGUACUUGGGCCAAGGAUCAACAGCCAUGGGUUAAUGCUUUAAUUAGAGAUGCAGCAAAUCCCUCUCCUGGAGACCCAUAUUUUCCAGUUUUCCGUAUGUUUGAUUGGUUUCAAGGUCAUUCUUGGGCCAGCGGAUUAUUUGAAGGUGGUGAUGGUCGUAAUGAAGAAAGUUCUUCUGAAGAUUACAACUUUUCCUAUGCUAUUAAAUUGUGGGGUAAAGUUACCGGUAACAAACGUAUGGAAUCAUACGGGGAUUUAAUGUUGGCGGUUAUGAAGAGAUCCAUGAACAAGUAUUUCCUAUAUUCAAGUAAUAAUAAUGUUGAACCAAGUAAUUUCAUUGGCAACAAGGUUAGUGGAAUCUUGUUUGAAAAUAAGAUUGCCUAUACUACCUACUUUGGUAAUCCGGAUACAAACCCCGAAUACGUUCACGGUAUUCAUAUGUUACCUAUUACACCUGUAUCUUCACUAAUUAGAGGUUCAGGUUUUGUUAAAGAAGAAUGGAAUCAGCAGAUUUCCAAGUUUAUUUCCAAGGUCAAUUCGGGAUGGACUGGUAUUUUAAGAUUGAAUCAAGCAUUGUACGAUGCUAAAAGUUCAUAUAAUUUCUUUUCUUCCAGCAGCUGGUCAGACAAUUAUUUAGACAAUGGACAAAGUAGAACUUGGGGAUUGACCUUCUCAGCUGGUAUUAUGAAUGCAUUGGCUUAGUUACAUAGACAAUAGAUAUUAGGUUAUUCGAUAGACGUCAUUAUCUAUAUUUAGUGUGCGGGGCAAUUAUCGGGUAUGCGUCAUCUCGGUGUUGCUCGGUGUUACGCACCACCUCGGCGUUAUUUUCCCUAUAAAUAUGGCCGUGAAUUUUUUUACAUAAACAAUUAACCGAUCUUUC